UCAUAAAUUUUAUUCAAAUAAAUUUUAUCAAGUCAAAAUUUAUUAUAUUAUAAAGAGAAAUUAAAUAGAGGCUUAAUUGGCACAUUGAGAUGGGCCGAAAAUACAAGUCACGUUUAAUACCUGAACAAGAUCGCCGAAUAUGUGGGAGUAUCUGUUUCUGUCAAUUCACCAUAGUCAUCAGCUGUGUAGCUCUAGUCUACUUAAGUGUAGCUAUCUACAUACCUUCACAUAGAGCAUUCAACGCAGGUAUCGAUCCAGAACCAGUAAUGUGCCAAACAGUAAAUACAACACUGGUAAAUUAUUGUGCUUGGGCAAGCUGUGGAGAAUGGUGCUUGACCAAAACAACAGGAUUCUGUCCACAGAUCCAUGCAACAGUUAGACGAAAUGGCACUGAUGUUAUAUUUCAAAACUGCACCAAGUUUACAAGCAUCUCAUGUCCACAAGUAAAUCUUCGAACUGCCAGGAGAUAUAAUUGUAAUAACGGAAGUGCUUGUGGCUCUUUAUUUGGCGUGUUCAACUGCAGUCUCGGUCAUUGCACAAACAUGAGUGAGCUUAUGUUAUGUCACUACAAAGCUGACGGAAUAGUUGUAGACAGUGAGAAGGAUAAUAUGAAACUUAAUGGAUUCUUUAGCUGUCAUUAUUCAAGAUGUACAAAGAUCAAGCAUGCUUUUUCGUGCGAUCGUUAUUGCCCAGCAAUAUCUACAAACGAUACUAAUAUUUUUCUGAUGCAAGAUGACAAUAUACUUAUAGCUAAAUGUUCUGAAGCAUUCGCUCUCAAUCAAGCCAAAGGAAAUCUACCUGGUACCAGGCUUACUGAACCACAAAAAAUAUGGAAUGAUGAUAAUAAACAAGGAAUUAUUGCUAGCUGUUUUGCUGUCAAAAGAGAAGGAAGUAUCAUGAGGGCUGAAGAUUGUGUAAAUGGAACGUUUAUAGAGAAAAAGACAAUCCCCAAACCUGCAGUGAAUUUUACUACAUUUCUGGGCUUUUAUGAGAAGAGUCUGAUCAAUCCUGUUGACCCCACAAACAUUUAUCUACCUUCACAGCACUCACUAACCAUCUACAAUUCUUCGCGGCUUUACAUCAAUCUUGAGGGCUGUGUCAACACUCUCCGAGGCGAAUGUCGAGAUUUUCUUCAAUCCCAUGGCCGAGAUGGUGAUAAUCAAACUGCACAAAGUCGAUAUCCUUGUUACUUUAACAAGAAUGACUCGUUCUUCGUUGUUGCACGAUUCGACUUGAAUAAAACACGAACCGACCUAUUAAUUGCCACGAUAGUUCCAUCCGUACUGUUUGUCGUCAGUCUUACUAGUCUCAUUAUCAUUACACGCGCAGUAAAGGUUGGAGAUGAUGCUAAGAUGCGAUGCCGAUACUGCACAGAUAAACAAACACGUGAAGAAGAGGACGAAGGACUUGUUGAAGGGAGUUCCUCAACGCCCCAAGGUAUUUUCAAUGAAACGGAAGUCCGAAGUAUGGCACUUUAGCAGUUUAAAAUAAAUAUUAAUCACUCAAGAAAAUAUGAGAAACUGCCUCUAAUUGAUAUUGAUCAAGCUGAAGACUCAUUCUAAGUUUACUUUGAUAAUUUAUUAUUUAUAAUUAUAAAAUGAACAUCCCGAAGUACUGAUUCUAAAUUCAUUAAUUAUGUAUCGUUAUCAAUAUUGCAAAACCGAUAAUUGUCUUCCUUUUUUAUUGCGUUUACUAUAAUUAAUGUUAAAAAGAAAGUCUCGUAAAUUGUACACGUUAAAAUCAUACUCAUUACUCCACUCUUAGGGGCCAACAUAAUGUAAUUUUAAUAUUUACAUAACCGUUGUAUGCCUUUGAAAAAACUGCUGAAACGUUGAGAGAGAGAAAGAAAAAGAGAGAGACGUAAGAAAAAAAUGACAAAAAGUCUGGUAAAAAAAUUACCUGUUCUUUACACAAUAUGUAUGUGUAUAUGUAUAUACAUCUGUGUACUAAAGGGAAACGCUUAAAACACUUUGAUCAAUUUUUUUUUUUUCAUUCAAGGACGAUGCGUAAACACUCGUUUGUUAUCAUUUCGAAAUAAAGAUUUUAUGUUCUUUAUAUUAAAAAAAACAAGAGGCACAAAAAGUCUUCAUGUACUUCAGAUACAUGUAUUGAAAUAUAAAUUGAAAUUUUAAUCGAAGUCGAACGAAUAUGUACUUGUCGGUCUAUAAAAAAAAUUACAGACUUUACCGAUCGUGCAUAUCGAGCAAUUUUAAGACUUGCAAGAUAUUAAGUAACAUUAUUAUAAUUAUUACAUCGGUCUACAUUUACAAAUUUACAUUUUGGCUACUACGUUCAAAUUUUUACUGUAUUAUAAUUAUUACUACUAUAUAUCAAAGAUAAUGAUUAAGCACUCUAUGAUAAUAAUUGAUGUAAUCACUGAUUCAAAAGAGCUAUUUUACAUUCUUGAAGACAAUUGAGAAACAAUACUCCGAACAAAAAUUUUAAUAAAUAAUUAUACACUAGUUCAGAAGAUUUGAAAAAAUAAUAAAU